AUGGCCCUCCCAACUACACCGAAGCAUUACUGGCCUUUUGCCUUGGCGGUAUUUUACACUUACAGCUUCUUUGUUCUUCCAUAUGGGAGAGCAGAGAAUAAUUAUCCUCCUAGUACAGCUUCAACAGCAGCAGCAGGAGUACUCUCAAAUGAAUACCUGCCAGGAGUAGGAGGAGGAGGAGGAGGAGGAGGACAACAAGUUGGUACAAAUCAAGAUUAUCCUCAACCAGCAGGAUAUGAACGGUCUAAUCCAGAUCACAUUGUAGCACAGGCCCUCCUGUGUUUCAAUGAAAAACAAAUAUAUAGUAGCUGUAAUGAAGAGUAUAGGCUGUCGGUAAAGGGGGAACUCGACGUGCCACCAGAACACACGGAUCAGUUUUGCGGUGGACCAUGUUUAUCAGAGACAAACCUGGUGCUCAACUGCAUUGAAGGCAUAUUUUAUCACUUUGAAUUCUACAACAAGGCUACCAUUGGUGAUGUGAGGGAGACAAUUGAAUCCGGAUGUGGUUAUGGCCCUCACCGAGGUGACUUCAAUGUUGCGGAGCAUGUCCAAAAUGAUUACGGCAACGCAUACAAGACUAAUAAUCCGACCGAUAUUAUUGUUCUUAUUCUUCUUUUUGGGCUUGGUUUGGUGAUUAUGCCUCCUCGUUUGUUACUUUAA